AUGAUCGAAUCUUAUGUUUUGAGCGCGAAUUCCAGAAGGGGAUGGAAGAAAUCUUCGAAUCACGGAGAAGAGAAUUCGAUUCUUGAUGAUUGGAAGAGACAAUUCCAAAAUGUUUAUUUUUUUGGCGCUCUGGAAAGUGGCGGUUCUCUAAUCAGCGACGUGUUCUUCUCUCUCCCGCCCCUCUCACCAGCAAAAGGCGAGAAUGCGAGCCGCCACGUCUCUCAUUUUUCCUUCACCACUCUCCCAAAUUACCCCCACCAAAACCCUGAAAUCCCCAAAUUCUCCUCCUCUUACAGAACCUUCUCGCCGCCUCCCCUCCGCCGUACGUCAGUUACCCGGCUAGGUAUGUCACUUCCCGACGCCUCCACGUCGACUUCUUGGUGGCUGACCCCGCUCCCUCCGUCGCGAUUGAAAGACAAAGCAGUAGAGGAGAGCGAUGAGGAUUUGUUCACGGUCCCCGACAUGGAAUCUGGACCGUGCGAUUCAACGAUGAAGGUGGCUGCUGCGGCGGCAUCGGAUGUUCAACAGGUUCAUAGCAGCAGCGGUGGCGUUGCAGGGAAGCGUAGGAGGGUACGGAAUCCGGCGGAUAAGGAACACAGAAGGCUGAAGAGGUUGCUGAGAAACAGAGUCUCCGCACAACAAGCCCGUGAAAGAAAGAAGGUUUAUGUGAAUGAUCUUGAAUCAAAAACCCGAGAACUGCAAGAUAAGAAUGCCAAAUUAGAGGAGAAAAUUUCUACUUUGAUCAACGAAAAUGCCAUGCUUCGGAAGGUCCUUAUGAACACAAGGCCUAAAGUGGAUGAAAGUACUGAGACAUGAUAUCAGUUGGGCAAAACCUGACAAUUCAGGGCUGAUAGUCUUUUUACAGAAAGCAAGGACUCUAGCGGCAGUUUGCACCAUUUUAUAGAUGGUGGUGAUUUAUUCUCUUUACAUUUGGUGCAAUCCAGACCAUCCAAAUAAUGGGGAACUUGCAGAUGGGGCAUAGCUCAAAAACCACACUGAUCGAGCAAAUGAUCCAAUUAAUGGUUAUCGAAUUGAUGAUUAAAAAAAUGUGAAGCACAUUUACCAUUUGUGAAUUUUGGAUUAUGAAUGGUCGAUGUGUCAUCUCCUGGUCUAUUUUGCACAUCUUCGACUCGUAAAUGGUGUAUAUUUUAUGGAUU